AUGUUGACAUUUUGUCCGGAAUGCGGAUGCGUAUUGCAAGUGGAAGCCGGCGAUCAGUGUAUGCGUUUCUCGUGUUCGGCGUGUCCGUACGUGUGUCCGAUCACCUCAACAAUCAGUUCGAGAAUCUAUCCGAAACUCAAAGAUAUCGAUGAUGUACUCGGUGGACCCGGCGCGUGGGAAAACGCUCAGAUUACUGAUGAACGAUGCCCGCUGUGCGCACACGAACGUGCCUAUUUCAUGCAACUCCAAACUCGAUCCGCCGACGAACCGAUGACCAUUUUCUAUCGAUGCGCCGACAAUUCGUGUGCCCACCGUUGGAAGGAAUAG